CUUUGCCGCCGGCCCCGCGGCUCUUUGUCUGCACUUGGGGCGGCCGCCCGACUCUGGGAUUUCGCUGCGAGAGCGGGCUGGGGGCGCCGGGGGCGAGCUCUCGGUGUCCCGGCCGCCCCCCGCUCGGGCUUGGCUCCCCCCUCCCCCGCACCUCCCCGGCCCGAGCUCUCGGCGCUUCCACGCUCGCGGAAUCACGACCCCUCCCUGCCAUGUAUCCGCAAGGCAGACAUCCGGCUCCCCAUCAGCCCGGGCAGCCGGGAUUUAAAUUCACGGUGGCUGAGUCUUGUGACAGGAUCAAAGACGAAUUCCAGUUCCUGCAAGCUCAGUAUCACAGCCUCAAAGUGGAGUACGACAAGCUGGCGAACGAGAAGACGGAGAUGCAGCGCCAUUACGUGAUGUACUAUGAGAUGUCCUAUGGCUUGAACAUUGAAAUGCACAAGCAGACAGAGAUUGCGAAGAGAUUGAACACGAUUCUAGCACAGAUCAUGCCUUUUCUGUCACAAGAGCACCAGCAGCAGGUGGCGCAGGCAGUAGAACGUGCCAAGCAGGUCACCAUGACGGAGCUAAAUGCCAUCAUCGGGCAACAGCAGCUCCAGGCACAGCACCUCUCCCACGCCACGCACGGCCCCCCGGUCCAGUUACCACCCCACCCAUCAGGUCUCCAGCCUCCAGGGAUCCCCCCGGUGACGGGGAGCAGCUCCGGGCUGCUGGCGCUCGGUGCCCUGGGCAGCCAGGCCCACCUGACGGUGAAGGACGAGAAGAAUCACCAUGAACUAGACCACAGAGAAAGAGAAUCCAGCGCGAAUAACUCCGUGUCGCCCUCAGAAAGCCUCCGGGCCAGUGAGAAGCACCGGGGCUCUGCAGACUACAGCAUGGAAGCCAAGAAGCGGAAAGCAGAGGAGAAGGAUAGUCUGAGCCGAUACGACAGUGACGGAGACAAGAGUGACGAUCUGGUGGUGGACGUUUCCAACGAGGACCCAGCGACGCCCCGGGUCAGCCCGGCACACUCCCCUCCUGAAAAUGGGCUGGACAAGGCCCGAGGCCUGAAAAAGGAUGCCCCCACCAGCCCUGCCUCAGUAGCCUCCUCCAGCAGCACACCUUCCUCCAAGACCAAAGACCUUGGUCAUAAUGACAAAUCCUCUACCCCUGGGCUCAAGUCCAAUACACCUACUCCGAGGAACGAUGCCCCGACUCCAGGCACCAGCACGACCCCAGGGCUCCGGUCAAUGACGGGCAAACCUCCAGGCAUGGACCCGAUAGGUAUAAUGGCCUCGGCCUUGCGCACGCCCAUCUCCAUCACCAGCUCCUACGCGGCCCCCUUUGCCAUGAUGAGCCACCACGAGAUGAACGGCUCGCUCACCAGCCCGAGCGCCUACGCCAGCCUGCACAACAUCCCGCCGCAGAUGAGCGCGGCCGCCGCCGCCGCCGCCGCCGCCUAUGGCCGAUCGCCAAUGGUUGGCUUUGACCCUCAUCCUCCCAUGCGGGCCACCGGCCUGCCCUCAAGCCUCGCCUCCAUUCCUGGUGGAAAACCAGCGUACUCUUUCCACGUGAGUGCCGAUGGGCAGAUGCAGCCCGUGCCCUUCCCCCACGACGCCCUGGCCGGCCCCGGCAUCCCACGGCAUGCCCGGCAGAUCAACACGCUGAGCCACGGGGAGGUAGUGUGCGCCGUGACCAUCAGCAACCCCACGCGGCACGUCUACACCGGUGGCAAGGGCUGCGUGAAGAUCUGGGACAUCAGCCAGCCGGGCAGCAAGAGCCCCAUCUCCCAGCUGGACUGCCUGAACAGGGACAACUACAUCCGCUCCUGUAAGCUGCUCCCCGACGGGGCACGCUUCAUCGUGGGCGGCGAGGCCAGCACGCUCACCAUCUGGGACCUGGCCUCGCCCACACCUCGCAUCAAGGCCGAGCUGACGUCCUCGGCUCCCGCCUGCUACGCCCUGGCUAUCAGCCCCGACGCCAAAGUCUGCUUCUCCUGCUGCAGUGACGGGAACAUUGCUGUCUGGGACCUGCACAACCAGACCCUUGUCAGGCAGUUCCAGGGCCACACGGAUGGGGCCAGCUGCAUAGAUAUCUCCCAUGAUGGCACCAAGCUGUGGACUGGAGGCCUGGACAACACCGUGCGCUCCUGGGACCUGCGGGAGGGUCGGCAGCUGCAGCAGCAUGACUUCACGUCCCAGAUCUUCUCACUGGGCUACUGCCCCACCGGGGAGUGGCUGGCCGUGGGCAUGGAGAGUAGCAACGUGGAGGUGCUGCACCACACCAAGCCUGACAAGUACCAGCUGCACCUGCAUGAGAGCUGCGUGCUGUCCCUCAAGUUCGCCUACUGCGGCAAGUGGUUCGUGAGCACUGGGAAAGACAAUCUCCUCAAUGCCUGGAGGACGCCGUACGGAGCCAGCAUAUUCCAGUCCAAGGAAUCCUCGUCUGUCUUGAGUUGUGACAUUUCGGCGGAUGACAAAUAUAUUGUAACAGGCUCUGGUGACAAGAAGGCCACGGUUUAUGAGGUCAUCUACUAAAGCAGGACUCUCACAGGGCUGUCAGACUCCGGGAGAAACGGACUCGGCGGUGACAGGGCCACCCCGCGAGGGGCCCCGAGGUGGCGGAGGCUGGCGGCGGGCGGCCGGGCGGUCCAGGGCUGCGCUCCGGCAGGCCGAGAGGGCGUGCCCUCCGCGCCCUGGACCCCCGCCCCCGGGCACGGACUCCGAGGGAUGGCUCUCCUCCCCCGUCCACAACCCUGGCAGAUGCUACAAGUAGAUUUCUUUGGAGGCUUGGGGCCGCGGCCCCCCACGGACCCCCCCCUCGUGAAUCUCCCGUCUUUCCUUCCCGUUUCUUGGGCUCUGUCCCCCCCCCCACCCCGCCCUGGGUCGGGGACACCGGAGCGGACCACGUGUUUGUGCUGGGGGAGAGGGGGGGGAACCUCAUUUUCCCCGAUUGUGCGGCGCACAACAUUUGUGAAAAAAUGUAAAUAACAGACUCGUCUAUCUCGGACUGGUCAGUGGGGGAGGAGGCCCCUUCCCACCGAGAACGCUAGCGGGAAGCGCUAGCCGUGUACUUCGCCUGCUGUAUUUGUAACCCACUCGUGGUGGUGGCUUUUUUUUUUUUUUUUUUUAAGGGACAUCCCCAUCUGAGAAGGGGAGGCCGGGGAGGGCGAGCCCAAUGGAGGGGGGCGAGGAGCAGAGGAAGGGAGCUACUGCAGGUGACCAGACUGAGCGGGAGGGGCCCCCCCGGCACCUGUGCUCCCCGCGGACUUGGGGGGCUGCCCAGGGCCUGUCGGGACCCGCGGGGGCUGCGCCCACGGCCGGGCAGUGCGUGCGCGGGGCCAGCCCGGGCUGACGAAGGUUGGAUCCUCUGCGGCCUCCUGCGCUCCCCUCGCUCUCUCUCAGGGGUCCCGCUCUCUCUCUCUCUUUCCUUCUGGCCUCUCUCUCUCUUUGGUGCGCACUUGGUCACGGUGAUGAGAGGUGGAGGUGCAAAGGAGCUCCACCCCUGGCCCUUCUUGAUCUUCGGACACAACCUUAAAAGGAAAAAAAGUUAGCGGAAAGCCUAGCGACUCAGCUCAGGGAGCUACCAGAGCAAACUAGCAACUGAUGUGGGUGCUUUUUUUUUUUUUUUUUUUUUUAAUUUGAAUAAAAAGAAUUAGAAUCGCUGUCCUUUAUAAAAUGCCUUCUCCCCCCUUCCUGCCUCUGAUCCCCGUCCUCCUCUCUCCCCCGAGGGGACGAGUGUCAUCAUCCCACUUGGGUUGUGAGUCCCGAGGGAUGGUCUCCCCUGGCCCGGCCCUGGGCAGCACAGUGGGGCCGAGGGGACCCGGGGGGUCGGGUGGGGACGCCGAUCCUGACACUGUGGCCACUCCUUGUGCUUUGUCUCUUUUGGUACCAAAAUGUUCCGAGGUAUUAGGAUUUGGGUUUGGUUUGUUUCCCCCCCGCACCCCCCCACACCCCCGUUUUCUUGGUCUUUUUUUUUCCUUCUUCUUCUUCUUUUAAGGAAAAGCUAAAGGCCGGUGUGAGUCCUGGUGGUGGGCUCUCCGUGGAUGUAGCAUAUGGAAGAUAAUUUUGAUACUGCAUUUUUAUGGAUUAUUUUAUAAUGUGUGAUUCUUUCUGGAGAGAAGGAAGGAAGGGGCCCCAGUGGAAACUGCUGGUCUUCAGUGAUCUUGCUCCAGGCGAGCAGCUCCCCCAUCGUGACCCAGAGGCCACCGAGACUGGCCCGGGCACCGUGUACCUUUCCGAGGUUGGGGAGGGGCCCUCUAGAGUAUUUCUCUGUCUUUCUCUGGGUCUCAGAUGUUCAUCUGCCGUGUCUUGUUAAGGCUCUAGCCACAAGGGAGGGUGAGGGUAGAAGAAAGUUGAUUCCUGAAGAAAAAAAGAAAAUGAAAAGUCAUUGUAAUGAGCUGUUUUUAUAUUUUUAAAAGUUGCUAUUUAAAGGUU